AUGGCCAGCGCAAGCAGUCUUCACGUGGCGAUUCUCAACGCGAGGGUGAUGGUUCAGACAUGUCGAGAGGGCGGAAGCGAUACAGGUGCGUGCGACGACAGGUGUGCAUCGGAUAUGCGACAGUUCACCGCGCACUUUCGGCACCUCCUUCCGAGUCGCGUCCACUUCCAAUCUCCCUUUCCCCGUACCCUUUGGUUUAUCCCCGUGUCUGUCCCGCCUAUCCCGCGUGGCCUUAUCCCUGUGCCUGUCCUCGUUGCUCUCGUGUGUUUCCUGGUUCCUCACCCCACCAUCUGCAGCUAUCAGGAGUUCAACCCUCCCACCCCCCGUGCUCCCCGUCUCGCCCGAACCACCCCUCCCCCGGCACCUCCCCCCAACGUCCCUCCGCCCCUUGCCAUUCCCAUCCCCUUUCUCAACUUGCGCCCACGUUCCCGCUCCCCCAAUCCCGCGCGCUCCGCCUCCCCCUCUGGCGCGCGCUCCCGCUCCCGCUCCCGCUCUCGGUCGCGCUCCCCUCACCGCCCCUGGCGCUGGUUCUCCGCCGGCGCGGAAGACUCCCCGCGCCAGCCCCCUUCCCCCGGCCCUGCCCCCGACCCGGGGGGCGCUGUUCCCGCCGCCGCUGCCAGCGCAGGCGCAGGCUCCGCAGGUCCUUUUUCCGCGGCUGCUGCCCGAGUGACGAGCUUCUUCACUCGGCCUCACUUCCGAAGCAGUUCUCCAGGUCCGGUCCGAACCAGGGCGCCCGAGCCUGUGGCGGAGGUAUGGGAUUAUCCCGCACCUGCAACGAGAGAGCUGGUGUCGUUUCGUGAGCUGGUGGCUGGAGCGAGAGAGAGGACGCACGCUAAGGCACAAGCGGAGAAUGCUACUAACGCGGAUUUCGGGGAUAACGAGGACACAAACCCUAGCAGCGACCCGUACUACGUGCCUGGUGGCAACUGCUACGAUAGCUUCCAAGCUGCCAGCGCGGAGAAGCGGAAACCUGCGGAGGAACGGCGGCAGCGCGGGAAAACACGGACUGGAGGUGGGGAAGCGGCGGAUGUAGCAAGGGCUGGCGGCGGUAGUGGCAACGGCGGUGGUGACAGCGGUGGCGUGGGCCCCAGCAGCGAUCCGUACUAUGUGCCUGGUGCCGCUUAUUACGACAGCUUCCAAGCCGCCAGCGCGGAGAAGAGGAAACCUGCGGAGGAACGGCAUCAGCGCGGGAAGACACGGGUUGGUGAGGAUGCGGAUGUAGCUAGGCGUGGCGGCGGUUGUAGCAGCGGUGGUGUUGGGCCGAGCAGGAGAGCGGGGGUUGCAGGUGCAAUGGAGAGGGGUGAAACUGGGUGGGAGGAGGGGUGGGAGGAGGCGAGGGAGGUGUUGCGAGAUGGUGAGCGGAGAGAGAUGGUUGGGGAUGGUGAGCGGAGAGUGGUGGUUCCGGAAGGGAAGCAGGAAGGGCUGUCCCCGGACAGGCGGCAAGAUGGGUUGCUGUCCCCUGAUGGUGCCAGUGCCAGUUCUGACAGCCACAUUGACGCGUCCUCCCCAUUGCCGCUCCCCCAAGCCUACCUUCCAAACGCUGACUAUGCGGGCUAUGCUGGCUAUGGCGGCGGCUCCCUCUCGUCAAGCAGCCUGUUACACGCCCCCAGCAACGGGUUACCAGCACCUAGCGCCGUCCUGCCGUCCAGCGGCUCUCUCCCCGCGUCUCUACCCCCCUCUCUCUCCACCAGCGGCGCUAUCCCCGCGUCUCCCCCUGGCAGUGGUCCCACUGCCUUCCCCCCAUCCGCCCAACCUGCGUCCGCUGCUGACGUGGCUCCGUCCCUCGUCUCAUUCUUGCCUCUCCCCCUCAGCUCCUAUAGUGAGGGCGGGUUGGAGGGGGAGGAGGGUGCAGGCGGGGGGGAAGGGGGAGGGAAGGGGGGAAGAGGAGGAGCGGGGGAGAUGGAGAGGAAGUGGGAGGGGGAGAGGAUGCGGAAGGAAGGCGUUGGGGAGGAGAGGGCGGGAGAAUUGACGAAAGGGCUCGAUGGGAGGAGGGCGGGGCUAGCAGGAGGGGCCCUGGAUGGCUGGUCGAGGGGCAGGAGGAGAGGGACGACGGAGAUUGAAGAGGUGGUGGAGGGGGAGGGGGAGAGGGCGGACGGGCAAGGAGGGGGGUGGGGAGAGGGGGCGGGAGGAGGGGGAGAGGGGGUGAUGAGAGAGGGAGUAGAGGUGGGGCUGAUGCAGGGGACGGGCGGAGAGCGAGGUAGGGAGCAGCAUGGUGCUGCUGAUGCUGGGUCCCGUGCUGGUGGUGCCGCUUAUGGCGCUGAUGCUCAUGCUGAUGGUGCGAGUGGUGGCGCUAAUGGUUGUGUUGGUGGUUACAACAGUGGGAUGGAUGAGGAGCGCUACGCCGGGCCAUCCAAUGAUCCAGCGGAUCUCGAGCCUCAUGCCAUGGGCGCCCCACCUGACCUGCUGCCGCCUGCACAGAGAGCCAAGGGGCAACAUGGCUUGGGUUACCACCAGCACAGCGUUACUCAUCCCCACACACCAAUACACCCAUCGAACCCCACCACCGUUCUGCACACUGCUCAAUCGCACUAUACUCAUUCUCACACUGCUCACUCUCACGCUUCUCACGCCCAUACCGUUCACGCACACAUGCAUACCCACUCGCAGCUGCUCUCGCCCGCACACCCCCAGUCACACGCCCUGCUCCCCACCAGUCCCCCCAGCGACCCCUUCACUCCCCUGCCUGCUGCUCUGCGCGCUGGGCUGCUCAGGCGACUCAAAGAGGCCGACUCUGCUGCCCCCCUCAAAGAGGUCAGCCUUUUCACUGCCACUGUCGGCCCUGCCAUCCCUGCUGCUGCUGCUGCUGCUGCUGCUGCUGGUGCUGGUGGUGGUGCUGGUGGUGCUUCUACCAGCGCUGCUGGCAUUGGUGGCACUGGCGACACGGGUGGCGCUGGUGCCAUGGAUGGGGCGGGUGGAGGUCCCCUUAUAAGCAGGGGGAGAAAGGAGAGACGGAGAGAGAAGGGAGGGGUAGGCGGGAGGGAAGGGAAGGGAGAGAAGGGAGGGAGGGAGGCGGAGGGGGAGGAGGAGGACGCGUGUGACUAUGAAGAGGAGGCGAGGGCUGUGGCGCUCUCUCUCUUCGGCUUCCCCCACACUCUCAACGACUUUGGAGGUCUUCUAGAGGGCGACGGGCUGGCACACGGGUCCGGGCAGAGGGAAAAGAUCCAGGAGCUGCCCGGGCGAGGUGGUGGCAGGAGCGGGGGAGCAAGAGCGGGGGAUAUGGAGGUAAGGGAUGGGGAGAGAAGGGCAGAAGAGAGGUGGGGGAAGAGAGGCGAAAGGGGGGAGGCAGGGGAGGAGCCAGGGGAGGGGGGCGAGAGGGCAGGUAGAGGGGAGGAGGAAGGGGGCGAGGGGGGAGAGAGCGCGGUGCAGCAGAGCUUGAGGCAGUUGGAGCAGGCGCUGGCAGCGGGGAGGAUGCCUGUAGAUGCUGCUGCGCUGCGCCAUGAGCUGCUGCUGCUCAUGGGGGGAGGCGCAGGGCGCGCGGGGGAGGGGGGGGGAAGCCGGGGGGAGAUGGGGGGAGGCAGAGGGGAGAUGGGGGCAGGCCUGAGGGAGAUGGAAGGGAGCAGGGGGGAGUUGGAGGGAGGCAGGGGGGAAGUGGGGAAUGGGGAGAUGGGGGUGACGAUGGGGGGACAGGGGGAGGAGAGGGUGGUGGGCGUGGGGGCGAGGGGGCGAGGCAGGUGGGAGCUGCUGCGAGGGGGCGCCACAGUGCAGCCCGUGCAGCCCGUGCAGGCAGCAGCAGGGGGCGAGGAGCCCGCAGGCCUCUCUCCUGCUCAUCGCCCUGCCUCCGCUGCUGGCUCUGCUGCAGAGUGGCCAUCGGUACGGGCAGGAGGAGGGGCAGGGGGGUUGUCGUCGGCGUGGCACUGGUUGCAGCAGGUGGAGAUGGCGGAGGCUGAUGGGCACGUGCCCGUGGCGCUGCAGCUGUUCGAUCUCGCAGACAAGUGUGAUGCUCAGCCUGCCUCGGCUCUCAUCGCUGCACGCGCUGCCUUCAUGCAACGACACGGCCUGCUGCCCGCUCAGCAUCAACAUCAACACGCGCAGGAACACGGGCAUGAACACGAGCAGGAGGAUGCGCAUGGGCAUCAAUAUCAACAUCAAGUGGAGCACGAGCAUGCGGCCAGUGAUGCAUCUGUUCCUGCUGUUCCUCCGGCCAAGUCACAACCCACUGCUACGCCAAGUGAGGUACAGCAGCCCAGCGCUGUGCAGAAUGCAGGCACUGCAGCAAGUACAGGAAAACCGGCCUCGCCAGCAGCAGCAGCGGUUUCUGAAAAGUCCACUGGGUUGUCCAAAGAUCCCACCACACCCCUGUUGAAGGAAGGGAGCACCGCAGCAGAGCCAAUAGCAGCAGCAGCAACAGCAGCCGCUGCUUUCCCCCCAACUGACCCCACCACGCUCUCUUCUCCACCCUCCCCGUCCUCUCCCCUCAGCAUGCCUCCGCCUGACCCUUCCGCCCUCCCCUCUCCCCAACCUGCACACUCGCCCCUCCCCCUGCCCCCCCGCCUGGCGCCUGUGCUGCGCCCCUGCCGCUCCGCCCACCACCUCAUGGCUGUGUAUGACCUGGAGGGGCAGCUGGUCAAUGGGGAGGCGUGUGGGAAGUGGGAGGGGGGACGAGUGGGGAGGGUAGUGGGGAAUUGGGAGGGUGGGAGGGUGAGAGGGGCAAGGGAGAAAGUGUUGACGGGGAAUGGGAAGCAACGGCUGAUGGAAGGGCGGCAAGAGCAGAGGGAGGGGUUAAUUCGAGGGGCACGAGAGAGAGAGAUGCAGGGUGGAGCAAGGGCAGAACCGAGAGCAGGUGGAGUGGAGGAGGGUGGAAGUGGGGGGGGAGCACAGCAGCAUUCGGUAGCGAGGGAGGGAGAUGAAGCACGUGGCAUGCAGAUGAGUGCUGCAGAGGUCACAAAGAGCUCAUAUGAUGGUGCUGGUAACAUUCCGAGCAUACCCAGCACAGCAGCAUUCGGUAGUCCAUUCAAGGCAGGAGCUGCAGGAGAAGGAGUGGGACGAGCAGGAGCAGGAGCCGCGUCAGGCUCUCCCGCCCGGCCCCCCUCCUCUGCUCUGUCCCCCAUAAAGCCGUCCUCAAUAAACGCAGCGGCAGGGGCGUCGGCAGCAGCAGCAUCAGGUGGAGUGGGGUACGGGCCGUCUCCCUCUGCCUCGCCCUCGCCUGCUCGUGCUGCCCGCACGGCCCUCUUCUUUGAAACUGUCAAGAAGGCUGCAGGAGCAACGGCGGAGGCAGCGGCGGCGGAGGGGAGUGGCGCUGCCAGGGAUAGGUUGGCGUUGAGGGAGGGGGUGAGUGCAGGGCGAGGCGGGGUGGGGGGAGAGGGUGGAGUGUCAGGUGUGGUAAGGAGUGGGGAAGGGUUGGAGAGCAGCAGUUCUGGGGUGAGGGGUGGGAGUUCAUGUGUGGGAGGUGGGUAUUCAGGGGUGGGAGGGGGCAGUUCUGGGGUGGGGGUUGGGAGUCCCAGUGUGCUGGAGAAGCUGAGGCGAGCCAAGGCUCAGCUGAUGCAGCUGCAGCAGAACUACCUGAGGGACCCGCCACCGCACUCCACUGCCUCGUACUCCUCCGCACCUUCAGGUGCUACCACUGGGAAUUCACCCUCGCUGCAGCUUCAGCCAGAUGUGAGUAGAGCAGAGGGUGGUUCUGAAUCUGCUCAGGUGGGAACAGCAGCAGCAGGGAGAGAAGGCACAGGGGCACCGGGAAGGGGAACAGCAGCAGAAGCUAUUGAGGAAGCCACAGCAAUGGCAGCAGCAACGAGAGGUACUGGAGGGAGAGCAGCAGAGGGGGCGGUUAGCCUCUUCCCCCCACAUCAUCUCCCUCCCUUCCUCCGCCUACUCCCACGCCUCCUCUGCCCCUUCCCCUGGCGUCAUCACCCCCUCUCUCUCGACCGCACCCCCAGUAGUAGUGCUCAGAGCAUGCGCUCCGAACCUGACCCGCUCCUGCUGGGACCCACCCCUGCCCGAACAGACGUGGCUCGGUAUGAGAAGGCUCGGAAGGGCCUGCCGAGCCUGGAUGAGGAGGCGCCGAUUGGUGGAUGGAGUUCGGACGAGGGUGCGGGGAGGAGUGGAGGGGAUAGAACAAGAGACAGAGCAAGAGACAGAGCAAUAGACAGAGCAAUAGACAGAGCAAGAGACAGAGCAAUAGACAGAGCAAUAGACAGAGCGCGGGAGGGGAACGAAGCGGGAGCAGAAGAAAAGGGAGAGGCAGGAGGAAAAGAGGGGAGGAAAGAACGUAAUGGUGGGGAGGAGGCAGGGGGGGGAGGCGGCUUGAGCGUACGAGCUGUGUCUCCUGUGAGAGGGGGAUGGAGCAGAGGGUCGGGAGGCAUUGCGAGGGCAGGAGGGUCAGCUGGAGAAGGAGCAGCAGCGAGUGGUGUGAGGCCAGACGAUGGGGGUGUGAGGCCAGACGAUGGGGGGGUGCUUGGCCUCGGAAACGUUGAGGUGCUCGUGCUUAUGCUCUUCUCAUUACAAGGAUGUAUUGUAUGCAACCCGUCGCUCAUGAUCCGAUACCGGUUCCGAUCUUAUACGGCGGAUGGAGGUGUGACUGUACGCAGUGAUCUCGCAGACGAGGGUUGUGGUUCCAAUGGAAUGGCCCAGCCGAGUUCCAGAGAGGCGGCCAAUGGCUCAGGUGGUGUUUCCGCACUCCUGACUGAAUCAGUCAAUCUAACGGAUUCUGUCAAGCUGACGGAUUUCGUCAGCCUGGAUCUGGCUCCUGGCGAGGAGUGGCGGCACAUUCAGAUUGACGCGGGCAAGUGUUUUCGGGAGCAGGUGCUGCGGUGGUUUGUGCGCUGCAAGAUACCCACCAUUGAUGCGCUGAUUCUCACGCACGAGCAUGCUGACGCCAUACUGGGCCUGGAUGACGUCAGAGGGCUGCAGCGCAUUCCCCGCCAUGCAGCAGACCACGUGGAGCCCCUCUCUGUCUUCCUCUCCCAGCGCUGCAUGGCCAGUGUUCGAGACAAAUUCCCUUACCUCACUCUCACGCCCCCUCGCCCUGCUCCCUCGCUCCAGCCUCUCUCCACUGCCCCACCUUCUGCUGCCGCUUCUGCUGCGACUGCUGCUGCUACUAGUGACCAACCAUGUGGAGUGAUCCGGGAUGAUUCACUUGAGGGAAGAGUGGCUGAUGCAGGGGGGAUGAAGGAGGGAGGAGACGGGGGCGUGAAGAAAGUAUCUCGGCGGGUGUCUCGAAUCGACUGGCAGAUCAUUCAGCAGAGUGUUGCUGCUCCUUUUAACGCGGCUGGUCUGACAGUCACUCCCCUUCCUGUGCAACACGGAGAGGACUACAUAGCAUUGGGGUUUGAGUUCGGAAGCCAUGACCGUGUGGUCUACAUGUCAGAUGUCUCAAGGAUCCCAGAUGCCACUCUCGCAUACUUAAAAUCCAGGCAGCAGCUUUUGGGUCAAAUACACAUUCUUGUUAUUGACUCACUCUAUUUUGAUCACCCACAUGCAACUCACUUCCAUCUUCCUCAGACUCUGGAGGCAAUCCGAGAUUUGAAGCCAAAGCAUGCCUUUCUGGUUGGCAUGACUCAUGAGUUUGACCACCACGAAGUCAAUUCACUGCUUCUCGACUGGUCCACCAAGGAGGACAUUGACGUGCAACUAGCUCAUGAUGGUCUUCGAAUCCCCGUGCUCCUAUAA